AUGCCACUCACUGUUGGCAUAGCCGGUAUAACUGGAAAGUUUGCCCGUUCUGUGGUCGCCGACCUCCUAAAGCACCCGGGCAUCAAAAUCCGAGGCUAUUCGCGCGAUCCUACGAAGCUUUCACCGGCGAUUUCGUCCUCCCCUCUCGUACACCUUGUCCAAGGAGAGGCCAACAAUUUCGAUGCGUUGCGUUCAUUCGCCAAAGGAGCAGACGUUGUCAUUUGUUGCUACCUCGGCGAUAAUCAAUUGAUGCUCGAUGGACAAAAGUAUUUCAUCGAUGCGUGCGAGGUGGAGGGCGUCAAGCGCUAUAUUGCGAGCGACUACAGUCUUGAUUUUACCAAACUUGAAUUUGGCCAACUCCCAGGAAAAGAUCCCAUGAAGUAUAUCAAAGAGUACCUUGAGACGAAGAACGUGAAAGGCGUUCAUGUGUUAAUCGGUGUAUUCAUGGAGACGUUGUGGAGUCGUUUCUUCGGACUUUGGGAUGAAUCAAAAACGGGCUUUGCUUUCUGGGGUACGGGCGAAGAAGCGUGGGCAUCAACAACCUAUGCAAAUGCAGCAGAAUAUGUCGCCGAAGUAGCACUAGAUGAGAAGGCAGUUGGUGUCAAGCGAUUUCUAGGAGACCAAAAGACUACUCGUCAAAUCGCUGAGUUGUUCGAGGGAACAUAUGGCAAGAAACCUGUGCUAGAAAAUCUUGGGUCGCUGGAUGAUCUCUACAAACAUAUGCACAAGACACGGCAAAACAACCCCGAGAAUAUAUUUUCUUGGCUCCCAUUAUUUUAUCAUUUUUACUGUCUAAAUGGGCAGGCUUAUAUAUCGGAUGCCUUGGACAACCAGGAGUAUGCUACGAUCAAACCUGUUGCCUUUCAUGAUUUUAUGACAGUCAAUAAAUUAGAGGCGUUGGCUGUGGCACAAGGUAAUGUAGGGGCAAAUAUCUAG